AUCAGAAUAUCUUGCAGUAAAAGAGCUUGACAUUAGCGCAACAAAUGCUGACAAGAAAGUGAUGAUAAAAGAAUGGGUUAGUAGAGAAGAAGUUUCCAUUUCUUUGCCAAAUAUAUUCUAUAGGUUAAAAUCGCUAUCUCUGGUAAUAACAGAUACAGAAACUUUUGUAGUUGUUGAUAAGCCUGAAUAUGAUUUGGUUUUAG